UGGAUCAAAAACUCAGUACAAGCUACGACCAGCAGUAAGGCUUCCCCACUGCCGGUUCCGAUGGACGACGCGGCGGCGUAUUACCAACCGCCACCGCAGCCACCACCGCCGGGGGUCGUGCCCACUUACGUCUACUACCGGUCACCACAGCAGCCCCCUUCCCCGGCGGCUCCACUGCCGCCGCCAAUCCGGCAGACUUACCUUGCGCCGCACUACGCUAGUCCAGGCCCGCCGCACGAUGAUCUCCGGACGCUGUUCAUCGCGGGAUUGCCCGAUGACGUGAAGCCUCGGGAGAUUUAUAAUCUGUUCCGUGAAUUCCCAGGCUACGAGUCCUCGCAUUUGAGAAGCAUAACGAAAAAAUCUCAGCCAUUUGCUUUUGCGGUAUUCACGGAUCAGCAAUCAGCAGUUGCUGCCAUGCAUACUCUGAAUGGAAUGGUGUUUGAUCUGGAGAAGGGAUCUACUCUGUUCAUUGACUUUGCAAAAGCAAAUUCCAGGUCUAAGCGCUCCAGGACAGAUGACGAAAGAUUUGGCUUGGAUAAGAAAGCCAGAGUAUCUCCAGCAUUUGUCUACCCUGAUCCAGCAGGUCUUGGCAGCACUCACUUGCCUGGGAUGAGUAGUUCUUCUUACAGCACAAUUGGUUAUCCACCAGCACAGAGAGUUGCAAAUCCUGAUGGUAGAGAUGUAAACGAGUGGACGGCAACAAGUAUGAGUGCUGCUCCUCCAUGUCCAACUCUCUUCGUUGCUAAUCUGGGACCAAGAUGUACAGAACAAGAGCUGCUUCAAGUGUUCUCAAGAUGUCCUGGGUUCUUGAAAUUGAAGAUGCAGAGCAAACAUGGCAAGCCUGUUGCUUUUGUUGAUUUUAAGGAUACAGAUUGUUCGACCGAUGCCUUGAACCUUCUUCAGGGCACAGUUCUUUAUUCAUCACCUGCUGGAGAGAGCAUGAGACUAGAAUAUGCAAAAUCACGAAUGGGGAUGCGCGGAAAGUCCAAAUCACGAUAGGAGAUGGUUGGUGGGAUCUCCUUGCCUUAUCGGAGGUCAUUUCUCAAGCUAUGCCCCAGCAAACGGUUUUCUGAAGGUGCAGAUGGUUGCAUUGGGCCUUCAGUGUUUGCAGCUGAACAUGAACAUUAAUUAUUGUGCCUUUGCGAGUAUCAGUGAAACAGGAUAGUGUUCUAGCAACAUUAAAUUGUUCUUGUCUGCUUAUCCCCUGUUUCUUCGUGAUAGAAACUGCACAUUGUAAUCGGUCCAGUCGCAAUGGGUUAUCGAUCAGUCUGAGUAGCGUACUACAUAGAAUUGCCCCCAUCUGCUUCUUUUUUAGCUAAUUAAGGGCUUGUUUGAUAAUACCAAUCAUCAUCGAUCAAUAUCAA